AUGUCAUUUCAUGAACUUCGUGAAGCCUUAGUUUGCGCUUUUUCUGAUGGAGUGAUCAGUGAAGAAGAGUUUCUUAUUCUUUACGAAGAGUACGAGUCCACAAAUUUAAAUUUUCCUCACUGGGAAUACGAGCCUUUCAGCCUCGAUAACUUUGACAGCAGUGAAGCUAGAGCUGAAUUUAGAGUAGACAAAGAAGAUAUCCCUUUAUUGGUUAACGCUUUACAGGUCCCAGAAAAUUUUCGAUGCCCUCAAGGAACAGGUAAAGCUGUCCACAAAUUAACUUGUCUCAUUUCGUUUUCAUAACUGAGAUCAAUGAAUACUAAAUGCAUUAAAUGUCAAAACUAAAGCAUAUUUGACAGCAAUUAAAUAAAUAUGUUUCUUUCAAUCUAGUUUGUUCAGGUGAAGAAGGACUAUGUUUACUUUUAAAACGACUAGCCUACCCUUGCCCUUACCAUGAUCUAAUCCACCGUUUUGGCCGUCCAGUGCCGGAGCUUUGCAUGAUUAGUAAUACAGUCCUCAACUGGAUUUAUGAAAACCAUUCUCACCGACUAACUUCGUGGAACAACCAGCCGUUUUUAUCGCCUGCUAAUCUUCAGCUUUAUGCACAAGCUAUAUCAAGAAAAGGGAGUCCUCUGAAAAAUUGUUUUGGUUUUGUGGACGGAACUGUACGUCAAAUUUCAAGACCUGGUGAUAACCAGCGCGUGGUGUAUAAUGGUCACAAACGUGUGCACGCCCUUAAGUUUCAGGCAGUUGUCAUCCCCAGUGGUUUAGUUGCUAACUUAUAUGGACCCGUUGAAGGACGGCGUCAUGAUGCUGGGAUGCUUAAAGAAUCAGGGCUUCUCAACAUCUUACAAAGAAGGGCAGUUACACCUACUGGAGCCAUUCUUUGCUUUUAUGGAGAUCCUGCGUAUCCUCUUCGACCACAUUUGAUGGGUCCCUACCGUGACAACCCACUGACCCCACAGAUGAGGGCGUUUAAUAAGGCCAUGAGUGAAGUUAGGGUAUCCGUAGAGUGGCUUUUUAGCGAUAAAGCUGAAAGCUUUAAAUUCAUAGAUUAUAAAAAAAAUCUCAAACUUGGGAUGAGUGCAGUAGGUAAACAAUACAUUGUA